CUCCGAUUUUUGCGCACUGUCGGAAGUGCCGGGAGAAAGAAAUUACUGGUUUGUUUAAAAUUUGUAGAUGAUAGUGUGACCGUAGCCUCCAGAUUCUAGUUUGAACUUUGUACGAAUUAUUAGAAACGAUUUGUGGAUUUGAUUCGGGGUCGCGUUCGCUUGUGUUUAUGAGAUAGCCGUUACUGAGCUUAUCAACCAGUAGUAGAGAAAUGAUCAUCCUGUCGACAACAACGUCGAGUCAGUAUUUCUGACACGAAAAUUCUUUAGUGAUACAAUCUAUUCUCAACGAUGAGUUUUCGAAAGCCCAGAAGGGAUUCGGAUGUCGCCCUUUCAAAUUCGAAUCACAAGGAAUUACUUUUCAAGAUUCUUGUCAUUGGUGAUUACGGAGUAGGUAAAACUGCAAUCGUGAGGAGAUACACAGAAGGAAAGUUUUCCUCCAAUUACAAGAUAACCAUAGGCGCUGAUUUCGCAAUCAAGACUCUCGACUGGGACCAUCACACAAAAAUAAAUUUACAGCUAUGGGAUAUUGCUGGCAACGAGAGGCAUGGGUACAUGACGAGGGUUUACUACAAAUAUGCUGUGGCUGCAGCUUUGGUAUUCGACAUUUCGCGUGCAUCCACUUUUCAAUCAGUAAAAAAGUGGCUGAGUGACCUCAGGGAAAAAAUUACACUGCCAGAUGGUUCGAAUAUUCCUAUAGUUUUGCUGGCUAAUAAGUGCGAUAUUCAACAGGUUGCUAUACCGAAUGAACAAAUCGUUAGGUUCUGUAAAGAAAAUGAGAUUGGAUCUUGGUACGUGACAUCAGCAAAGGAGAAUAUGAAUAUUGAUGAAGCCAUGCAUUAUUUAGUAGAAAACGUCCUAAGAGCAAAGAUCCAGGAUGAAAUUCGAGAGUCCAUAAAAUUAAAAGAUUCGCCCGAGAGUCAAAAGAAGAACAUUUGCUGCUCGAAUUAAAAAUCAUAAUCUCUUUUUUAGAGCCUUCGGCCAAAUGUAAGUCGUUUACCUCGCAAACGUGAUAUUUAUUGUAUAAGUUAAUGUUUAAUCAUUUGUAAUGGAUUUAAUAAUAUUAACUCUUUAAAAGAGGCUAAUUAUUUCCACAGAGUCGUUCCUAUUAUACAAACUUUUUAAGACUUUUUUUGUUCACCAGUGCCCACGCUCGUCAUGAAUGCAUUAUUUUCUCUUUUUUCUUAUCACCUAUAAUUACAUGAAAAUAUUUUUUGAUCUAUUUUAAAAGCAUGAAAUCACUCAAAUCAUUUUUGUACAAAAAUCUUAAAAUAUAUUUAUUUUAUAUUUUACAUCACAUGCACAUUAUGCCAUAUGUGAAAUGACAUAUCUUGGUCUGUUAAUCACAAAUUAUAAAUCUUAAUAAUUAUUUAAAGAGCUUAGUAUACACUUUGUAAUCACGUUUUCGCAAUUAAAAGGAUUAAAAG